AUGCGCCAUUGGGAAUUGAUGCGCGGUUAUCCCGAAAUAGAAAAGGAAACUCCUGAAGCCAUUGAGGAUUUGAUGGAAACCAUCAGCGUAAAUCUCAAAGCGCUCGAAAGAUUAGGACAGUCGAUCGAUGUGCUAGACAAGAGGGCAUCUCCAAUUCGAGCCAGAGCACUGCUAGAUACUGGCUCUAGUAUGAAUUUCAUGACUGAGAAAUUCGCAAACUCCCUCGCCGAUCUACAAACGGAUCUCUCGCGAUUCUGGGAAAUCGACGAGGGACCAUCCACUACACAUUUAUCAGAAUCGGAAUUACAGUGCGAAGAACAUUUCCGUAACCAUGUCCGACGCAACAAGGAAGGGCGAUAUAUCGUCGCCCUGCCCUUCAACGAGAAGCUUCCCACACUUGGGACAUCAAAGUCCGUUGCAAUGAGUAGACUCGCCGCUCUUUCUCGCCGGUUCCAACGCGAUAAGCAAUUCGAAGCCGCGUACAACACGGUGAUCCAAGAAUAUUUAGACUUAGGUCAUAUGACCAAGAUUCCGCACACUCAGCCCUCAAAUAAUGGUUACUAUUUGCCGCAUCACGGCGUGAUAAAGGAAUCGAGCAACACCACUAAACUCCGGGUAGUGUUCGAUGGAUCAGCAAUCAGCACCACCGGAGUUUCUCUCAACGACACUCUGCAUACCGGACCCAAACUCCAAGAAGAUCUGGUUGAAAUUCUGCUGAGAUUCCGAUCACACCAGUAUGUCCUAACGGGUGACAUCGAGAAGAUGUAUCGACAAAUUCUCGUACGCCCAGACGAUCGUAAAUAUCAGCUGAUUCUAUGGCGCAAUUCCAACGGGGAAAUCGAUACUUAUCAGCUCAACACCGUGACCUUCGGACUAUCAGCUGCCCCAUAUUUAGCACUCCGCUGCCUGAAACAACUAGCAGAAGACGAAGGAGAUCGAUUUCCGCGAGCGUCAUCGGUUGUACAGCGUGAUUUCUAUGUCGACGACGCCCUCACCGGGGCCGAUACAAAGGAAGAGUUAAUAGCGGUACGACACGAACUCACGGACCUUCUCAGAUCGGGCGGCUUAAACAUCCGUGAAUGGGCAUCUAACGAUAAGGACAUACUGCGUGGACUAUCCGAGAAAGAUACAAAUCGAACACUACAAUUGGGUGAGUCACAGACAUUGAAAACUCUAGGUAUCUAUUGGAAUUCCCAGGAUGACACAAUACUAUACUCAGUUGCACCCACAGCGACCAUCACCCGUGUCACAAAGCGAUCAAUAAGUUCGGUGAUAGCCCGAAUUUAUGAUCCACUAGGAUUGCUCGCGCCAGUGAUUGUCAGAGCCAAAAUAUUGCUUCAACGCGUCUGGGCAUUAAAACUAGACUGGGAUGAAUCCUUGCCAUCCGAGUUGCAUACAGAAUGGGACCGAUACUAUAUCCAACUACCCUUGCUUAGUGAUACUCGAUUUCCUCGCAAAACGGUGGUCAAGGCAGCUACUCAGAUAGAACUACACGGUUUUUGCGACGCCAGUGAAAAGGCAUACGGGGCAUGUAUAUAUCUGCGCAGUCGCAGCUCGGAUGGACGUAUCGAAACCCAAUUACUCACCGCGCGAUCAAAGGUCGCGCCGCUAAAAUCCCUGACAAUCCCAAGACUCGAAUUAAGCGGAGCAUUGCUUCUCACCUCGCUAAUGUCCAUGGUAAAGACUUCCCUCACUAUAGACGUUUCUCGAAUAGUUUAUUGGACAGAUUCGACUAUCGUGCUCCAGUGGAUCAAGUCCUCGCCACAUACGUUAAAAACAUUCGUAGCGAACCGCGUGGCCGAGAUCCAAGCGAAAACCAACAUCGCCGAUUGGCGGCAUGUGCCUACGGAUGACAACCCAGCGGAUCUGAUCUCCCGAGGGCAGGCUCCCAAGGAAUUCCUGCGUCCAAACAUCUGGAAACACGGACCCGAAUGGCUCAAGCAGCAGCCGGAGAACUGGCCGAUCUGGAUCCCUACACCGUCGGGGGACAUCCCGGAACAGAAAAAAACGAUCUGUCUAACGACGAAUAACAACGAUAACCCCCUCCUCCACCGAUACUCGUCCUGGACCAGACUAAUCAGAGUCGUCGCUUGGUGUCUUCGAUGGAAACAUAAACAACACCUAGCUGCCCAUCUAACAACAGACGAAUUAACCAGGGCUCACAACAGGGUGAUCAAAAUCAUACAAUCCGGUCAUUUUGCGACGGAAAUUCGGACACUACAGAAAGAUCGAAGCAGGGACGUUGGAGGAAAACUACAGCCAUUAAAUCCCUUCCUCGACGAAGAUGGGAUAUUACGAGUCGGAGGACGACUAACCAACUCUUCUAUACCCUUCAAUCAAAAACACCCCAUUAUAUUGCCCAAAGCAUCUGUUACAGAGCUCAUCAUAGACCAGGAGCAUCGGAAAAACCACCACACCGGGACACAAGCUACCCUGUACGCGGUAAGAUUGCGCUAUUGGCCGAUCGACGGUCGUAGCCAAGUGUGGCGUACCAUUAAAAGGUGCGUCCGCUGCUGCAGAGCCAACCCGCCGCCAGUGGAAUAUUUGAUGGGUGAUUUGCCAGAGGCGCGCAUUACCGAAUCGCGUCCGUUUACGAACGUCGGAAUCGACUACUGCGGCCCAUUCUACAUCAAGGAGAGGAGGGAUCGCAACCGACGUAAAAUAAAAAUAUACGCUGCCAUAUUCGUUUGUCUAGCAACCAAGGCUGUCCACAUAGAGCUAGUCAGCGAUCUAACCACCGACGCUUUCCUAGCCGCCUUACGUCGAUUCAUUUCGCGGCGAGGACAUUGCGCAACCAUCCUUACCGACAAUGGCACCAAUUUCGUCGGGGCCAACCGGGAGCUGCAAGAACUCCGGACCCUAUUGCAGUCUGACGACCACAAGGAGAGGGUACAGACUUUUCUCGCCGACCGACAGAUCCAAUGGCGUUUCAACCCUCCAAACUCACCACACUUUGGCGGUUUAUGGGAAGCCGCGGUGAAAUCCUUCAAGCGCCAUCUCAUCCGCGUCGUCGGCACGGAACUCUUGACCUUUGAGCACCUUCAUACUCUUGUGGUUGAAAUUGAAGCCAUCCUUAAUUCACGCCCACUGACUCCCAUAUCAUCCGAUCCGAAAGAUCCCCCUGUCCUCACUCCCGGUCAUUUUCUAAUCGGUGACACACUCACGAAUUUACGGGAGCGUGAUUUCAGGACAGUUCCAUCAGGGCGGCUAUCAAGUUGGCAGCGCAUCCACCAGAUCAAACAGCAGUUCUGGAGCAGAUGGCAUCGAGAGUACCUCAACGAGCUAACCCGCCGCAAUAAAUGGGAUAAGGGCAAACAUGAUAUCCGAGAAGGCACCGUAGUAGUUCUCAGGGAGGAUAACAGCCGAGGCGUCGUCGAGCCCAUCAAUGUAUCGCCGGUUCUUCAAUUGAAUAGUUUCGUAGAAAAGGCCUACGUGACCCUGGUCACGUUGGUGUUUGCGGAACACGAGCGUGGUAGACCUAAGAAAAGACAAAUGGAUGCUAGAACGGUCAGUGUCAGUGGAGAAGCCAGAGAAUGUGAAUUGAGUGCGAGUUGCGUUGUCGAGGUAGUGUUGCUAGCGUUGUCUGAGCUUGUUGGAGUUAAUGAUAAGAUAACAUUGUGUCCUAGAGGUUUCAGCGGGCUGAAAAAUUGUUUCAACGGGGUGGAGUUUGAAGGAAUAUCAACAAAUAUCGUAGGAGUGAGAAUUGGUUCGGGCGACGAUAUAGAAAAUGGAAUGAUAUAUGCACGUUUGUCUUUGUUUCGACGAUUUGCAAAGAACGAAAGUCUCCUGUAUCAGACAGUUUGUCAGAAGGACGCAUCCAUUAUGACAGUAGCCUGA